AAAGAAAAGGAGAGAGAGGAUAGAGAGAGAGCUCAGCAGAGGAGGGAGGAGGAAGAAAGGGCCAAAGCCAAGAAGAGACCACAAGUAUUCAAGGAGCCCAAAAAGUGUCCUCCCCUGGGUAUGGAGUCUCACAGGAUAGAAUCAGACCAGCUGCUGGCCUCCUCCAUGUCUCACUAUCGCUACAGCCAGGGCAGGGCACGACUCAACAUGCAGGCUUCGGAUGAUGAGGAGGACAUGCGUGGUGGAGCGUGGUGUCCUAACCCAGAGGACAAUAUUCACUGGUUUGAGAUGGACACUCGCAGAGCAACAGAAUUUACUGGGAUCAUAACACAGGGACGAGACUCACGCAACGAGAGUGACUUUGUGACGUCCUACUACGUGCAAUUCAGUAAUGACAGCAGAGAAUGGAAAACCAUCCAUGACGGUUACUCUGACUGGUUGUUUUUUGGUAACUCCGAUAAGGAUACCCCAGUGCUGAAUCAGUUAGCUGAGCCCAUACUAGCACGUUACAUCAGAGUUAUCCCUCAGAGCUGGAAUGGCAGUUGCUGUAUGAGGCUUGAGGUACUAGGCUGCCCUCUGCCUGACCCCACCAGUGCCUACCAGAGGCUGCAGAAUGAAGUGACUCCAGUCCAGUACCUGGACUUCAGACAUCACAACUACUCAGACAUGGUCACGCUGAUGAAGUCUGUGUCUGAGGAGUGUCCCAACAUCACCAGUAUGUACAGCCUGGGCCGCAGCUCCAAUGGACUGGACAUCCUGGCCAUGGUGAUAUCAGGCAACCCCACAGAACACGAGAUAGGUGAGCCGGAGUUCCGCUACACGGCCGGUCUCCAUGGAAAUGAGGCGACGGGACGGGAGAUGGUUCUUCUUCUGUUGCAGUACCUGUGUAAGGAGUACAGGGAUGGCAACCCCAGAGUGCGCCGCCUGGUGGAGGGAAUACGUAUCCACCUGGUGCCCUCACUCAACCCUGACGGGCAGGAGAAGGCCCUCACAGCGGGUUCCGAGCUGAGUGGUUGGACCACAGGCCACUGGACGGAGGACGGCCAUGACAUCUUCCAGAACUUCCCUGACCUGAACAGUGUUUUGUGGGAGGCCGAGGACAAGGGCAUGGUGCCCAAACUGAUCCCCAAUCACCAUGUCAAGAUCCCUGCAGACCAAGAGGGGGAUGACAGGAUUGCUGUGGAGACUCGAGCCAUCAUCUCGUGGAUGGAGAGCCACCCAUUCGUACUGGGGGCCAACUUCCAGGGGGGGGAGAGGCUGGUGGCGUACCCCUACGACAAUCACCGCCUAACCAAGACCACCGGCACCAGCACCAGAGAGGGCGACAGAGAGAGGGCACAGAGCCGCAAGAAGAGACAGUACGAGGAGGAGUUUGACCUGACGGCGUGGGGGAGGGGCUAUGACCGUGAGGAGCCGGAGGAAGAUUAUAACAUCAGGGGAUACCAGCAGCCAGAAGAAGACCAGUGGAACAGGGGAUACCAGCAGCCAGAAGCAGACCAGUGGAACAGGGGAUACCAGCAGCCGGAAGAAAACCAGUGGAACAGGGGAGACCAGCAGCCGGAGGAGGAGUGGAGAGGACAUGGCUAUGGCCACAGGGAAGAGGAAGAGGAGGAUGACAGAGGGAGAGGGGGAGGGGGGUACACAGAGCCUGAGGAUGAACCCAGGGCCGCAGCAGACGCCUCCUUUUUCAGGUGGUUGGCCAUCUCUUACGCCUCUACUCACCUGUCGAUGACAUACACUUCCCACGGCUCCUGUCACGGCAAUGACGUCACUGGAGGCGUUGGAAUCGUCAAUCGCGCCAAGUGGCAGCCCGUCACAGGAAGUAUGAAUGACUUCAGCUACCUGCACACUAACUGUCUGGAGCUGUCAGUGUUCCUGGGCUGUGAUAAGUUCCCCCAUCAGAGUGAGCUGGUCAUUGAGUGGGAGAAGAACAGAGAGGCCAUGCUCACCUUCAUGGAGCAGGUGCAUCGUGGGAUCAGGGGCGUGGUAAAAGACAAUGAGGGAAACCCCAUCGCUAAUGCCACAGUUUCUGUAGAGGGUGUCAACCAUGAUGUCUCUACAGCUGUAACAGGGGACUACUGGCGCUUGUUGAACCCAGGUGAGUACCGUGUGACGGUGCGGGCAGAAGGCUUCACCUCCCUGACCAAGCUGUGUGUGGUGGGCUACGAGCCAGGGGCAACUACCUGCAGCUUUAACCUGGCCAAGUCCAACUGGGACCGCAUCAAACAAAUCAUGGCCCUGCACGGCAACAAGCCCAUUCGCCUGCUCAGCCACGGCAACGGGGGAACACGACUGAACACAGUCUCCAAUGGUAACAGGCGUGUGGUGCAUAACAACGGUGGUACCGCCAUGGAUCCUGAGAUGCGUCGCAUGCAACAGCGAAAGCUAAGGCUCGCCCGCCUCCAUCGUCUACGACAACAGAAACUGAUGAGAUCGACAACAACGUUGCCCCCGACGACCACACCGGUUCCCACAACAACAGAGGCGGAGCCCACCACUGCCUGGUACGACUCGUGGUUCAUAGGAGAGGGGCAAACGUCAGCGCCGGAAGGUUUCACGGACUCCAUCUUGGAUUACAACUACGAGUACAAGAUCAACGAUUACUAAACUAAACACUAAGGCCUUGUUCCAAUUCAUUUACAAUACAUCCUUCCUCCCCACUUCCUUGAAGUAAUCAAGGUAGGCAGGAAGGAAGUAUGCAUUCUAAGGUAUUUGAACAGGAUCGAUGUCAUAGGCCUAAGCCCAGGCUGUUAACUCAAUUCUUAGAGUAGACAACUAAGUGACCCCUUAAAAUGAUAUUUCAGGAUUUUGGCAAUGAUGCCCUAUAUCUACUUCCCCAGAGUCAGUUAGGUCUCUGUGUCCAGAAUGAAGG